AUGAGCAGAGGCUCACGUCAUCUUUUCGGCGUUACGAUUGUCAAUGACCCGACUCUGUGUCGUCGUUUGUAUCUUUGGUUUCUCAGUCACACUAUCCUUCUGACUACAAUUGGUGCACUGAUCACAAUGAAGGCGUUUCAACUGCCAGUUGUUGCCCUGUGGGUGGCCCAAGCAGUGGGACAAGACACAACACAAAGACCUCUGCAUGAAGAAGAUCGGGCUCUCCCAGGUAUUCCUCGCGUGGUUUCAACAGAUCUUGAACAAUACAUUGAGCGAAUUCGAGAGGAGUGGCAUGCUCCGGGCCUAGCCGUUGCAAUUGUCGAUGGGAACAACACUUGGGCAAAGGGCUACGGCUUCGCCGUCCUCAACUCUACACCCGUCACUCCGCACACGCUCUUCUACACCGGCAGCACCACCAAGUCCUUCACCGCCGCCGGUCUUUCUCUCCUCAUUGACAACGCCACCGCAACCUCUUCCGUGUACUCCGGGCUCAACUGGAAGACGCCAGUGUCCAGCAUCCUCCGCGAUGACUUCGUCCUCAGCGACGAGUGGGCUACGGCCCACAUCACUGUCGAGGACGCGCUGAGCCAUCGCACAGGCUACCCUCGCCACGAUCUGGCUCCGGCAACCACGGCCCAAGAGACAGCCCGCUUGCUGAGACAUCUGCCCAUGACUGCUGAACCACGCACGACGUUCCAGUACAAUAACAAAAUGUUCGGGGUCAUGGGCUAUCUGAUCGAGGUCUUGACGGGGUCAUGGCUCGGUGAUUUCUUCCGGGAGUACCUGUGGGAACCCAUGGGCAUGAACGAGACAUUCUUUUCUCUCGGAGACGCAAAGCGCAGCGGGUUAGUUCUCGCGAACGAAUACUACUACAACCCAGUUGACGGAAGCUAUUUGGAGAUGCCGCACGAACCCUUUUCUGCCGAAGAAGGUGCGGGUUCCGUCGUGUCAAACGUCCUCGAUUACGCGAAAUACUUGCGCGUCAUGAUGGCCGAGUCGGCACCAAUCUCCAAGGCGGGACAUCGAGAAGUCAAGACGCCGCGCACGCUGGUCGCUGCCUCGAUGGCUCCGUUCACUGGGCCUGUAAGCUACGCUUUAGGUUGGAAUACCGCCAUCUUGGGAGGCGAGCAGGUGUACUUCCACAGCGGCGGGGUCAACAUGUUCAUCUCCAUGAUGAUGAUGAUUCCUUCACGGCAAAUCGGCGUGGUGGUUUUCACCAACACAGACGUCAAGGCCCCGCAGGUGAUUGCGAAUCAUAUCCUCUCGGAGCAUUUGGGCAUCCCCGAGAAUAAGAGACCAGACAUGAACAGACAGUACAUGGCGGAAAAGAAAGCGCAGCAGAAAUAUCUCACGACUUGCGCAGACACACUGUAUCCUUCUCUCCCGACCCCACCUUUAUUGCCAACGGUACCCAUUCCAGAUCACGUCGGCGAAUUUUACGACGCUGGAUAUGGGACUCUGAAGGUGGAUCUAGACUGUUCAGAUUCCGUUGAACAAUGUCAGCUUCGUCUUCUGGGUAUGGGAGGAGAGGAGUUUGCGUACCUUGAGCCUACCAUCUACCUUGAACCAAUGUCCGGCAACUAUUGGCUUGGGAGAGCCUAUAUUGGAGGAAAGAAGGCCCCAGCAGGGGGCAUUCCGAUAGUUUGCGUCCCCGUCGAGUUCAAGAUUGAUGUUCAUAGCACAGUCACGCAGAUUGGUGUUGGACUUAGACUGGAGGGUGGCGAUGAGCCGCUGGUCUGGUUCGACCGUGUCAUUAUUCCAUUGGAAAAGUGA